AUGGCCGCUUCAUCGUCACCCCGCACGCUGCUGGACCUCAUCAACCUCGUUGAUAACGUCCCCCUGGACUUUGAGACGGACUGCCACCCGUACUACCGCCUGCAUCUCGCCCCCGACCCUCGGCCCCAUGGCUACGUCCUCCCCGACACCGUGGCCCGCAUGCCGUGGCCGGCGUCCUUCGCCAUCGACCACGGCAGCCGCACCGUGACGCUGGCCGCGCCGGCGCCGGGAGUCGCUCUCACGGCGCACGCCAACGCCGAGUUCCAGCAGGCCGUGGACGCCGCCAUUGACGGCGACGUGUUCCCCGUCCUGCACCAGACGCACAGCGAGUACUUCCGCGUCGUCGGCGCCCGCGAGUUCGUCCAGAUCGAGCGCUUCGCCGCUCCGCUCUUCGGCAUCGCGGGCCGCGGCGCUCACCUCACGGGCUACGUGCGCGCUCCGGACGGCAGCAUCCAGAUCUGGGUUGCGCGCCGGAGCCGGGCGCUGUUCACGUACCCCGGCCUGCUCGACAGCACCGUCGCCGGCGGCGUCAAGGCGUCCGACACGCCGCUGGGCUGCAUCCUGGCCGAGUCCACCGAGGAGGCCAGCCUGCCGCCAGCGCUGGUCCGCGAGCGCACCAAGGCCGCGGGCGCCGUGACGCUGGCGACGCGCAAAGCGCAGAGCGGGCUGGUGCACUCCGAGGUGCUCUACGUGUACGACCUGGAGCUGCCGGCGGACGUGGUCCCGACGCCGGGCGACGACGAGGUGGAGAGCUUCGCGCUGAUGAGCUGCGGCGAGGUGCGGCGGCGCAUGUUGGCGGGCGAGUUCAAGCCCAACGUGUGCUCGGUCAUGAUCGACUUCAUGGUGCGGCACGGCGAGGUGACGGCCGAGAACGAGGAAGACUACGUGGAAAUCUGCCAGAGACUGCGAAGACGACUUCCCGUAGCGACGACUGGGGAAGCGUAG